AGCAAUGAAUUGUAUUCGGGAAACAGAGUUAGUUAGAAACGGCAGCUUUGUUGGAUUAGACAGAUUGUCUUAUUUUGCCUAAACGGUUCGGGAGUUGUGUGUUUUUCAAGGUUCUUGGCUUCUAUGUAUGUCGGUUCCGUCUGUUAAUGUGAGUGCCGACUCCUCAAUGGAUGGAGAGGACGCGAGCAACCACAAAGGGAAAGAGAAUAAAAGACCCAACAGUCCAGAGAUGAAUCCCAAAGAUGAGAUCAACGCUUCGGCAAUGAAUCACAAUGAAACGAACGAAGAGAAGAUGAAAGAAGGUGGCCAUUCCCUGCCUCUUUUACCGGGCACUCCGGACUCGAACGCAAAGUAUACCCAAUCCGACGGCCGGAAACGAAGUCCCGUUCGCUUCCCAGCACUGCUCAUACCUACUCCGGACAAGGCAUCUCGCCCGAGAUCCACAGUCGCCGGAAUUCUGUUUCUGCCAUCGAUUUUGUAGUAUCUUCAUCAUGACUUUCUAUACAAUGAGACAGAAUAAAGGUUUCAUGUUCUGUA